UAAAAGACCCACGAGGUCGAUCAGAGUUCGCGAUUCGCGAACAAUGUUUUGAUAUACGGUCUCACGUGAGAUAACCGACUGUUUUUAAUGCAACGCAAUGUUCUCUCGUUCUCUGUCGAGUGCACGCGCGUUCCUCGGCAUCGAGGCUUGCAUGAAAUUCGUUGGCAACGAGUUAAUCGCGUCCGGUCGUCGUUUGUGCACAAUUAACGAGCGAUGUCCCACUGUCGGCGAGGCGAUCGAGCAAUGGGGAGACCGGUUCAAGAGCGAAGGUGUUACGGAGCCCAUAGAAUCGAUAGAGCAUAUCGUAGCUCACGUAAUUGGAACUAGGAAGAUAUUAGAUGUAGUAAACUCGCGGGAUCAACAACUCACGGUGGAUCAACGUGAUCUACUGGAUUCGUUAUGCGAAUGUCGACUGUCUAGAAUGCCGGUUCAGUACAUAAUAGGAGAAUGGGAUUUCCGUGAUAUUAAUCUAAAAUUGGUCCCACCGAUUUUCAUACCGCGACCGGAAACGGAAAUGUUAGUUCAUUACGUUUUGAAAGCUCUGAGUUCUUCUUCUAACGAGGGCCGAGACGUUUUAGAUAUCGGAUGCGGCUCAGGUGCCGUAGCCCUUUCAAUCGCGCACAGCGAUAAAACAGUAAGUUGCACUGCGAUCGAUUCGAAUCAGCAGGCGUGCGAAUUGACUGUAGAGAAUCGGGAUAAAUUAGGUUUACAGGACCGCGUCGCAGUGGUACGUGCGACUCUUGAAGACGACGGGACUAUGAGAUUUGGAAAUGUGUUGAGUGCACCCAAAGAUAUCGAUCUAAGCUCAAGAACGUUUGACCUGAUCGUCAGCAAUCCGCCCUACGUACCUACCAAGCAAAUACCUACGCUCUCUCCGGAAAUUAAACUUUACGAAGAUUUGGCGGCUCUGGAUGGGGGAGACGAUGGUCUAAAGAUUAUCAAACCUCUGUUAAAGUACGCGGCCACAGGGUUGAAACCAGGGGGACGUUUGCUUUUGGAAGUUGACUCCACGCAUCCCGAAUACAUACAAUUCUUUACCAAGAAAUAUCCCAUACUGAAAUUACAAUACGAGCACACGUACAAGGACUUUUGUAACAACGACCGAUUCGUUGAAAUAUCAAAAGUAUCAUAGAUUAAAAAUACUCUGUAAAUAUUUCUUAAACGAAUAAAGUCUAUUUAAAUGCA